CUGCUUUGUAGGAGUCCGAGCAAGAAGUAAAGGUAGAUGGAGAGACUGCUUCAGACAGUGAGAGCCGAGCAGAAGCUGCUCCCCCGGUAACCUCUGCAGACGAUACCCCAGAGGUCCUCAACAGGGCCCUUUCCAACUUGUCUUCAAGAUGGAAGAACUGGUGGGUGAGAGGCAUCCUGACUUUGGCCAUGAUUGCAUUUUUCUUCAUCAUCAUUUACCUGGGACCAAUGGUUUUAAUGAUAAUUGUGAUGUGUGUUCAGAUAAAGUGUUUCCAUGAGAUUAUCACCAUUGGCUACAAUGUCUACCACUCCUAUGACCUACCCUGGUUCAGGACCCUCAGCUGGUACUUUCUACUGUGUGUAAAUUAUUUCUUCUAUGGUGAAACGGUGACGGAUUAUUUCUUCACUUUGGUCCAGAGAGAGGAGCCUUUGCGGAUUCUCAGCAAAUACCACCGGUUCAUCUCCUUUACUCUCUACCUAAUAGGAUUCUGCAUGUUUGUAUUGAGUCUGGUCAAGAAGCAUUACCGCCUGCAGUUCUACAUGUUUGGCUGGACUCAUGUUACGUUACUGAUUGUUGUCACCCAGUCACAUCUCGUUAUCCACAACCUGUUUGAGGGAAUGAUCUGGUUCAUUGUCCCCAUUUCUUGUGUGAUCUGUAAUGACAUCAUGGCCUAUAUGUUUGGCUUCUUCUUUGGUCGGACACCACUCAUCAAGCUGUCGCCGAAGAAGACCUGGGAAGGCUUCAUUGGGGGCUUCUUUGCUACUGUGCUCUUUGGCCUUUUGCUGUCCUAUGUGAUGUCUGGGUACAGAUGCUUUGUCUGCCCCGUGGAGUACAACAAUGACACCAACAGUUUCACUGUGGACUGUGAGCCCUCAGACCUGUUUCGCCUGCAUGAGUACAACAUUCCUGAGGUGAUCCAGUCGGUCAUUGGCUGGAAAAUCGUCCGGAUGUACCCCUUCCAGAUUCACAGCAUUGCACUCUCCACCUUCGCCUCACUCAUUGGCCCCUUUGGAGGGUUCUUCGCAAGUGGAUUCAAAAGAGCCUUUAAAAUCAAAGACUUUGCCAGUACUAUUCCUGGCCAUGGAGGCAUCAUGGAUCGCUUCGACUGCCAGUAUCUGAUGGCCACCUUUGUCAAUGUGUACAUCGCCAGUUUUAUCAGGGGCCCGAACCCGAGCAAACUGAUUCAGCAGUUCAUGAACUUGCGGCCAGAUCAGCAGCUGCACAUCUUCAACACACUCAAGUCUCACCUGACCGACAAGGGGAUGCUGACAGAUGCCAUGGAGGACUAGUAGGGGCCACGCAGGGCUGGAGAGCCAGAGCAGGACUGACGAGGGGGCGGGGCUCCAAGGCAAGCCCAGCUGGUGCAACUGAGACAAUGACAAGGCUUCAACUCACUGUCUUUUUUUUUUUUUUUUUUUUUAAUUUUUUGGUAGAGUGUUUUUUAUCUGUGGGUUUUUAAAAAAUUCUGUACAUGCAGUCUAUGUUCUUAUGAUUUGGGUUGUGAGUAAACUACAGCUUUGAGUUGGAAAGAAGUCAUGGGGGUGAAACCAUUUGGGUUUUUUAAACUGAAGUUUUAAACCUGGAGGACAGUGUUGCCCAGCUCAGCAGGGGCUGCUUGGCGCUUCUAGCCUCAUCUGUUGAAGUGGGCUCGAUCAGGGAGUGGCUGUUCACCUGUGUCCAACCCCAUCAGGACCCCUGUACCUGUCUUUGUACUACCCCUUUUCCCAGCAGGGAAGAGGCUCAUGGCUUGGAUGUGUUUACUGCUGGAGAGCUUUCAUCUGGGCUGCUCUGUAUUCGCUGCCCUGGAGCCCCAGGGGGUUUACCUUCUGUAGGCUGGAGGGACAAAGGCUUAUUGAUCAGAUAAGCAUUCUGUCCACAUGAAAUCCUGUGGAACAUGAGCUCUGCUUUAUGACGUGGGUUCACCUUACUUCAUCACAGACUAAAAAGUUUUCUUGAGAAAGCACGAAAAAUUAUUUAUAAUAGUCUGGUAAAAAUAGACAUACCACACUGUAAUAUUUCAAGUGUAUGCAGUAGAAUGUGCUGUAACUGAGCCCCUUUCUAUGUAUUUAGGCUCAGAUGGCUCCUAGAGGGCAGUGAAGCUCACUGUGUCUUUUCAGGGACGAUGGUGUUCAUGUCUGUGCUGUAUGCUGGUCGCUGCUGAAUCCUUUCUGGGGGCUUUCCUGUUAGGGAGGGAGCAGAGGGCUUCUCCUUCAUGCCCCUUUGCCUGACCGACCACCCACGUAGCUGCUGUGUUGUAUAUAUAUACUCCUGAGACAAAUGUGUAUUGUGUAUGUGUUUUAAAAAUCACUUAUUUCUUACAGUGAUUUCAAUUGUGCCAUGACUUCUUCACCGAAACCACAAAGUCCUGCUUGAAACUUUGGAAAACCCAACCCCAUUAGAGGUUUGACUCCUGAAGAUUAAAUGCACACUUUUAUAUAAUGUGA